AUGUUCCAUCAGCCGUCAUUUCUCCUAGAUCUUUUCUGUUUCCCUCCUUACUCUCUUCAAUCUCCGGUAGCCUCGGUUACCACCAACCUCCUGACGUUGUCAUUACCUACCUUCACUGGCAUCUGCCGCCCGCUUCUAACUUAUGUCGAGACGAGAAACCCUAACUCUAUCUCGCUGCCACCAUCAACGCCAUCAUUGCACACCGGAAACCAUAUCCCUAAAGUGGCUCCACUAUCGCCACCAGACAUCUCACAGUAUAAACCGGAUUGA